GUCAAAGCCAUGAUUGUCCCUAUUUUCACAUUCUUUCACCUUUAUUUUGAUAUAAUCUUUGGUAAUAUUGUGUGAACAUACUGAAUUUUUGUGAACAUCUGGCUCUUUUUUACCCAAGCUAAAGAAGAACCCCUGUUUUACUUCUUGGGACCUUUUGGACUCAUCCUUUGGGUCAUGAUGUACAUGUACUUUAUGAUCAGCAGUGAAUGACUUAAAAAGCAGACAUGAACAAUACAAGCACUUUGUGGAUGAGGUGUGAGCAGAUUAACCUUUAUUAAGCAAAAAGAAACCCGCUAUGUUACUUAUUUGGUUAUUAUAAUUUACAUCUUGGCUUUCACGAUCGGAGCAAGCAAUAGUUCAAGGACAGGGCCAGUGAUGGCAAUGUUUGCUUUCACAUGAGUUGCUCUAGUAAUUGAUAUAUUCCUGGCUGUAGUCAAGAUCUCUCUCUUCCUUCUAAUGGUAUUGGUAAUCUACCUAUUUGCCCUCUGUAUUUGCUCUGAAGAGAAAUAGGGCUGAACUGUUUGAAAACCCAGAGCCUUCAGAAGAAGACGAGUCUGAAGAAAGCUCACUCGAACUUGAAGAAUACACUGUCAAUGGCUCUGAUAGUGAAGAAGAAGAGAAAGAUCAACAGUACGAAAACGCUCGCAGAUUCAGAAUCCGAAGAAGAGCAAACAAUAACCAAGGCGAAGAGGUCAUCGAGGAGAAAGGAAUCAGUGACCUCCUUACAAUGAUUUUUCAAAAAGGCAAAAAGAGGUUUGGCUCAAAUAAGAAGAAAAAGAAAGAACAAGAAGAGUUAUUUUGACCUAUUUGUCGAGUAGCUUUUGAAGAUAAAGAUGAAGUUAUUGAACUUAAAUGAUCAGAAAACCAUAUCUUUCAUGAGGACUGUAUUAAAGACUGGCUUGUUAUGAAACAAGACUGCCCUCUCUGUAGAAAAGAAGUGUUUGAAAUGUCAUAUUCUGAUUCAAUCCAAGAAGAAUCAGUAGCAAAUGAAGUAGAAAGUAGUCGUUCUCAACAACCAAAUCGAGCUAAAAAUAAAGUGAAGAAUAAAAACGAUCUUCGAUAUGUAAAAGAACUGAUAAAAGAGAAUGCAGAGUUAGAUAAGUACUCUGAUCAGACUGAAAAUCGGGAUUUUACUAAUAAUUUUUCAGGUAAGAAACACUAACAACAGUCGGAACCGAUGGAUUAACAUUAGAAAUA